CGGGCCUGCCCCUCCGAGGCGCCGUAGCGCGGGAGGGAGGCGGCGGCGCUGUGGUUCGUGGGUCCGCGGGUCGGUGGGUCUGUCCGGCCCCGCCCUGCCUCCCCGGGGCGGCUCCGCUUCGUGGCCCGCGGGAGGCGGCCCAGGGGCAGCGGGGACCGCUGACCGGGCGGCGGCGCGGCCGGGCCAUGGGGAACGCAGCCGUCCGCAAACGCCGGAGCCCGGAACCCAGCCCGAGCCAGAGCGGCGCUCCCUGCUGAGCCCCGAGAACCGGGUGAGAGGAGGGCGCGCGAAGCCCUAACCCGGGGCCCCGAGAUUCCAGACCCGGCCCCGCGAGGGGCUUCCCGAGCGCGACCCCGAGAGGCCAACCCGGCCGGCAGCCGGAUGCCCGGGCCCAUUGGGUGGGCCGGCGGCCGCCUGCGGGGAUGAGCAGACUGCUGGGGGGGACGCUGGAGCGCAUCUGCAAGGCUGUGCUCUUGCUCUGCCUGCUGCACUUUCUCGUGGCCGUCAUCCUCUACUUUGACGUCUACACCCAGCACCUGGCCUUCUUUAGCCGCUUCAGUACCCGCGGCCCAGCCCAUGCCCUCCACCCAGCUGCCAGCAGCAGCGCCAACUGCUCUCGACCCAACGCCACGGCCCCCAGCUCCGGACUCCCUGAGGCCCCCAGUGCCCGGCCUGGCUCCACGUCUCCCAUCCUGCCACCUUGUCCUGACUUGCCACCAGGUCUUGUGGGCAGACUGCUGAUUGAGUUCACCUCACCCAUGACACUGGAGCAGGUGCAGAGGGAGAACCCGGGUGUGCUCCUGGGUGGCCGCUAUGCUCCACCUGACUGCACCCCAGCCCAGACAGUGGCAGUCAUCAUCCCCUUUCGGCACCGGGAGCACCACCUAUGCUACUGGCUCCACUAUCUGCACCCCAUCCUGAGGCGGCAGCAGCUGCGCUAUGGCAUCUACGUCAUCAACCAGCAUGGUGAGGACACCUUCAACCGGGCCAAGUUGCUUAACGUGGGCUUCCUAGAGGCAUUGAAAGAGGAUGCCACCUAUGACUGCUUCAUCUUCAGCGACGUGGACCUGGUCCCCAUGGACGACCGCAACCUGUACCGCUGCGGGGACCAGCCCCGCCACUUCGCCAUUGCCAUGGACAAGUUUGGCUUCCGGCUGCCCUAUGCUGGCUACUUUGGAGGCGUGUCGGGCCUGACUAAAACCCAGUUUCUGAAAAUCAAUGGCUUCCCCAAUGAGUACUGGGGCUGGGGUGGUGAGGAUGAUGACAUCUUCAACCGGAUCUCUCUGGCUGGGAUGAAGAUCUCGCGCCCAGAUAUCCGAAUAGGCCGCUACCGCAUGUUCAAGCAUGACCGGGACAAGCAUAACGAGCCCAAUCCUCAGAGGUUUACCAAGAUUCAAAACACAAAGCUGACCAUGAAGAGGGAUGGCAUCGGAUCAGUGCAGUACCAGGUCUUGGAGGUGUCUCGGCAGCCUCUCUUCACCAACAUCACGGUGGACAUUGGGCGGCCCCCAGCGUGGCCCUCUUGGGGCUGACACUAAUGGACUGAGGCUCCCAGUGCCAAGUAUUGCCUGUCAGAGGACUGACCUACAGCCUGGCUGGCAGCAGCUCUAUGGGGAUCCCCCCAGACUGAGACUGUGGGCCCUGUUUGUUGAGGGGCUUCAGCAGGUCCCCAGCUGCACCUGGAAGUUUCAGAGUCCACUUUGGGGGCUUCUGGCAUAGGCAGGCCCCCUCACUUGUGGCCCUCUCUGGGGUCAAUCCUCCUUUCUGCCCCUCCCCACAGCCCAGCCCCCCUCACUGUCAGGGUCGGGCCAGCCCCUGCACUGCCUCGCCGCGUUGCCUGGGCUAGGUCAUUCCACCUCUCUGUGCCUCAGUUUCCCCCAUUGAGUCCCCUAAGGCCUGGAAGGGUGAGAGGUGUGACUAGGGGGCAGUGUCUCUUCCAGGGGGAAUCUUCAGACCUGGGGACCCCCCCCAUGCUCCCAGGGGAGGGGAAACCUUUUUCAUUCGGCAUUGUAGGGGUGAACUUUGGUGCGCCCCUCUGCUGGGGAGCAGCCCCCAGGAGGGGACCAGAGGGGGUACUGUGUUACAGCCUAGAAUCUUGGGGUCGGGCUUUGCAUGGGGGAAUGGGUGGAGCUUGGAUCAGUUAGUCCGGUUCCCGCCUCCCUAUUCAGAGAGGAGGCAGUAGCCCCAGGGCCGGUUCGUGUUUGUACAUUGCACAGAAACUUGUGUGGGUGCUUUAGUAAAAAACGUGAAUGGA